AUGCGUAACACUCUGAUCUUCGCGGGCUCAUCGUGCCCGGUUCUCACAAGCAAGAUAUGUGAGAGCCUGGGCAUGCCUCCUGCAGAGGCGGAGCUCUCGCAGUUCUCUAAUGGCGAGACAAGCGUCAAGAUUCUCAACAGUGUCCGAGAGAAGGAUGUCUUCAUCAUCCAGUCCGGCAGUCCCACCAUCAAUGACACAAUCAUGGAGCUGCUCAUCAUGAUCUCGGCCUGCAAAGGCGGCUCUGCCACCAAGAUAACCGCCGUGCUGCCCUACUUCCCAUACAGCCGACAGUCAAAGAAGAAGUCGCACAGGGGUGCCAUCACCGCCAGAAUGCUCUCCAACCUUCUCGGCGUUGCUGGCGUCAAACACGUCAUUACGGUCGAUCUGCAUGCCUCGCAGAUGCAGGGUUUCUUCAAGUGUCCUGUUGAUAACCUCCAUGCCGAGCCGCUCAUCGCCCGCUGGAUCCGUCAUAACGUGCCCAACUGGAAGGAAGCUGUCGUCGUUUCGAAGAAUGCCGGCGGUACAAAACGAGUGACGUCCCUCGCCGAUGCGUUGAAGCUGAACUUCGGCAUGGUCACAACCGACCGGAAGAGAGGCGGUACCGGCAUGACACACAGCAUGAUCUUGAAUCAGCUCGAGGGUCUCGAACCAUUGGAGCCGGCAGCAAUCCGGAUCGCGAGAAACAGCUUUGCCGAGCCGCGGACGCCGACACCGCAGGCCGCCCGGGUGCGCCGCAGCCGCCUUCAAGCGGCCAACGAGGAAUCUUCACAGCGCGCCAACGGUUUGCAAGUGCUUACCAACGGCCAAGCGGGAGAUGCAAGUCCCUCGUCCUCGUCCGUUGCUGUUGAGGACCACGUCGAUGUGCCCACCGAGGCGCAGACUGAGGGCCACGAUUAUAAUGAUCAACGAGCCCGAGAAGUCACCCACGGACGUCUCGUGCAGGGCCACAUCGUGCCUGAUGACUUCCCAUCUCCAGCUACUUCGGCUGCGGAUACUACCAUCCCUGAUGAGGACCCCAUGGCUCAGUCUCAAGCAUCAUCCUACUUCUCACCGGAUGGGCACGCGCUAGGCGGCUCUGGCGACGCAGAAGCGAGCUCAGACGAAGAGGAAGACAAGCUCAAGGACCCAAAGAUUGAACACAUGAUCACGCUCGUCGGCGACGUGCGGAAUCGUACAGUGCUCAUCAUCGACGAUAUGAUUGACAAAUCUGGAUCAUGGAUCGCUGCCGCCGAGACCGUCGUGAAGCGGGGCUUCGCCAAGAAGGUUUACUGCAUUGCGACUCAUGGCGUCUUCGGCGGUGAUGCCCUCCAGCAAAUGCAAAAGUGCGAGUGCAUUGAUGCCAUUGUCGUCACCAACAGCUACCCCAUUAAUGAGGAGGCGGCCAGGAAUGCGCCGAAGCUUACCGUGCUCGACCUCUCUUUCCUCCUGGCUGAGGCCAUCCGGCGCAAUCACUACGGUGAAUCUAUCAGCCCACUGUUCCAACACAUACAGGACUAG